AUGCAGAGUGACUCCACCCUAAGAAUCACAGACCUGAGAGAGGAGGACUCAGCUGAGUAUAAGAUUAGAUUCAGAACAGAUCAGACAACCUGGGAGCCCACCUUCCCUGGAACAACUCUGACUGUCACAGGUCUGCAGGUGAAGGUGACUCCUGCCACUGUGACAGAGGGACAGAAGGUGACACUGACCUGUAGCACCACCUGUACUCUGGGAUCUCCCUCUGCUGAAGAGACUCUCACUGUCACAUACGGCCCAAAGAACACCUCAGUGUCAGUCAGUCCCUCUGGUGAAAUAGUGGAGGGCAGUUCAGUGACUCUGACCUGCAGCAGUGAUGCCAACCCACCUGUGGACAAAUACACCUGGUACAAGAAGAACGUAACCUCACCAAAAGCAUCAGGACAGAGGUACAGCAUCACUAACAUCAUCUCUGAGGACAGAGGAGAAUAUUACUGUGAGGCCCAGAAUGGAAGAGGAUCUAUGAACUCUACAGCUCUGAUGAUCAUUGUAGCAGGGAAACAAACCUCAGUUCUGACUGCAGCUGUAGGAAUCACAGUGUUAAUUCUGGUUCUCAUCCUCUUUCUCCCUUGCUUCAUGUGGUUCAGGAGAUCCACAGGAGGAAGUGAUGUCACAGCAGACACACAGAGUGCCCAUCCUGAUCCUAACAGUGACACGUACACAGCACUGAACAUGAAGACCAGGUCACCAGAGUACGACACCCUGGCAAAUGUGAGGGAUUCCUCUAGUGACACAGUCCCUCAGAUAGAUGCUGAGCCCUCAGAUUAUGAGAACUGUAGAGAACCACCACAUAACCUGGACUGAAGGGAACUACCACAUAACUUGGACUGAAGAGAACCACCACAGAACCUGGACUGUAGAGAACCACCACAUAACCUGGACUGAAGAGAUCCACCACAGAACCUGGACUGAAGAGAACUACCACAUAACCUGGACUGAAGGGAACUACCACAUAACCUGGACUGAAGAGAUCCACCACAGAACCUGGACUGAAGAGAACCACCACAGAACCUGGACUGAAGAGAACCACCACAUAGCCUGGACUGAAGAGAACCACCACAUAACCUGGACUGAAGAGAACCACCACAGAACUUGGAUGAAGAGCUUCAGCACCAAACCAAAGCUAGGAUUUACACCUCUAUUCUCCCGAUAUCAUACUGCUAACAUAUCUAGAAGGCUUUCCAGAUAAUGAGCUUUAACGUUUUAGAAAAUCAUGUCAUUAUUUUUAUUUUCUUGCAAAGUUAAGGAAAGGGAA